AUGAAUAGUAAAGAAGGAAAUUAUUUUCAUCCGACUCGAAUGUCUGAACAUUCACGAGUUCAAAGAUUAAAGCUAACACCAAAUUAUAGAUUAAAUAAUAAUUACCCUUUACCCGCAAAUAUGUUGAGAUAUUCCUCUCAAGAAAUCCUUCCACCGAUUCAAACGGGGUUGGAAAGUGACACCGAAUUUGAGAUCAAACCAACAAUUAAAAGAACCUGCGCUCGCUGUAAAGAGUCAAAUAAAUGCGUUAAAUUGAUUCGUUCAAAGAUCAAUAGAUUAGAAGAAUUAGUUAAGAAUAUUGAGAAAACUACUGAAAAUACUGCGUUUAAUUACACCGGGAUCAAGUAUCAGGAAAGUCAACCACAACCUCUCACCCCAUUACCGCAGAUAAUGGUCACACAACCGUCAUCUUAUGAUUUUUCAAAUUGUAGCAUGGAAGAUUUACAAUUAGUUAUUUCAGCUAUCACCAAUACUAUGAUGUUUAAUAGAAAUAGUUACGUUAAAUAA